AUGCGGCGGAAGCAGAAGCGGCUGCUGCAGGCGGUGGGGCUGGCGCUGGCCGCCCUGGUCUUUCUGCCCAACGUGGGGCUCUGGUCCCUGUACCGCGAGCGGCAGCUGGAGGGCGGCGGCGCGGCCGGCGGGGACGGGGCGGCCGCCGCGGGGGCAGCGGCCGGGGAGGCGCCGGCAUCUUACGUGAGGCAAAAGAAAGACCUUUACUUUGGUGAUGGACAAAGGAAAAAGGACUGGCAUAACAAAGAAGCCAUAAGGAGGGACUCUGAGCGUGUAGGAAAUGGGGAACAGGGAAAACCUUACCCAAUGACUGAUGCAGAGCGAGUGGACCAGGCAUACAGGGAAAAUGGCUUUAAUAUCUUUGUGAGUGAUAAAAUUUCUCUGAAUCGUUCCCUUCCAGACAUCAGGCACCCAAACUGCAAGAACAAGCUGUACCUGGAGAAGCUCCCAAACACCAGUGUGAUCAUCCCGUUCCACAACGAGGGAUGGUCCUCCCUGCUGCGGACAGUGCACAGCGUCCUGAACCGCUCCCCUCCCGAGCUGGUGGCAGAGAUCGUGCUGGUGGAUGACUUCAGUGACAGAGAGCACCUGAAGAAACGCCUGGAGGAUUACAUGGCGCAGUUCCCGAACGUGCGGAUCCUGCGCACCAAGAAGAGGGAAGGGCUGAUCCGGACUCGCAUGCUGGGAGCCUCGGUGGCCAUCGGGGACGUCAUCACCUUCCUGGAUUCCCACUGCGAGGCCAAUGUCAACUGGCUGCCGCCUCUCUUAGAUCGCAUUGCCCGAAACCGCAAGACUAUCGUUUGCCCCAUGAUUGACGUUAUUGAUCACGACCACUUUGGAUAUGAGACUCAGGCUGGAGACGCAAUGCGAGGGGCAUUUGACUGGGAGAUGUAUUACAAGAGGAUCCCCAUUCCUCCUGAGUUACAGAAACCUGAUCCCAGUGAUCCCUUUGAGUCUCCUGUAAUGGCUGGAGGACUGUUUGCAGUCGAUAGAAAGUGGUUCUGGGAGCUGGGAGGGUAUGAUGCAGGUCUGGAGAUAUGGGGAGGAGAGCAGUAUGAAAUAUCCUUUAAGGUAUGGAUGUGUGGAGGUCGCAUGGAAGACAUCCCUUGCUCUAGAGUUGGUCAUAUCUACAGGAAAUAUGUUCCAUACAAGGUUCCCACAGGAGUCAGCCUGGCAAGAAACCUGAAGCGGGUGGCUGAGGUGUGGAUGGAUGAGUAUGCAGAAUACAUUUACCAGCGCAGACCCGAGUACCGGCACCUCUCCGCGGGCGACGUCGCCGCUCAGAAGGAGCUUCGCAACAACCUCAACUGCAAAAGCUUCAAGUGGUUCAUGAGCGAGGUCGCCUGGGACUUGCCAAAGUUCUACCCACCAGUGGAGCCUCCAGCAGCUGCCUGGGGAGAGAUACGUAAUGUGGGAACUGGGCUGUGUGUGGAUACUAAGCAUGGAGCCCUGGGAUCCCCACUGAGGCUGGAAAACUGCGUGAAGGACAGAGGAGAGGCAGCGUGGAACAACGUGCAGGUAUUCACCUUCAGCUGGAGAGAGGACAUCCGUCCAGGGGAUCCUCAGCAUACCAAGAAGUUUUGUUUUGAUGCCAUUUCCCACAGCAGCCCUGUGACCCUCUAUGACUGUCAUGGAAUGAAGGGGAAUCAGCUCUGGAGAUAUCGAAAAGACAAGACUCUGUACCACCCAGUCAGCAGCAGCUGUAUGGACUGCAGUGAGAGUGAUCGAAAGAUCUUUAUGAAUAGCUGCAAUCCUUCAUCUCCAACACAACAGUGGAUAUUUGAACACACAAACUCAACCAUCUUGGAAAAAUUUAACAGAAACAUUGAUCUUUAAAAGACUGACUGAAAAUAUAUCUAUAUUUUACAAUUAUAGGUUUUUACUGGGGAGGGUUACAAAGAAAUUUUUUUAAUACUUUUUUUUAAACACUUAAUGAAGGUAAAAGGGAGAAUCUCAGGAGAAGGUUAACUAGCAGGCCAGUCUUUAUUGUGAAGAUGCUGCAUCCUUCUCUUCUGGGGAUGGUGGAAUUUUAAAGGCUUUGCCAGAGCCACUUCUGUGCUGAGACUGAACAGAAACUCUGUUUUUAGAGGAGUCUGAAUGUGUUUCAACUGGCGCUUUUUUUUUUUUCCUUUUUUGUUUUGUUUUAUUU